AUGGAAGCCGAGGCAGGGACGACCUGUAUUGUGCAGCCUCAUUGUCCUGCAGAUGAGUUUCCUUGCCAGAUGAGGCUGACUGAGAAGAUUGCUCCAGUGAAGACUUGUUUCAAGAAAAAACAAGUUCAGAAGCGGCUCAGCACAGGAACCCUAAGAACCCUGAGGCCAAUACUAAAUACUUUAUUAGAAUCUGGGUCACUCGAUGGAGUCUUCAUGCCCAUGAACUCAAGUGGAAACAGUGACGGCAGCCUGUGCCAGCCAGUUGUGAAAAAAGCUUUGGGAAUGAGUUCCCCGUGCCCACCGGUGGGCAGUGGUAUGAGCAUUCUUCUCUCUGGAGGGUCCGAUGUCGGGAAUCAGAUCCCAGAAGCUGACCCCUCCUCAGAGGACACGGAGCAAGUAGUGCCAUCCCAAGACCAUGGCUUUUCGUCAGAGACCACCAGUGGAACUGUGCCCGACCCCACUGGGGGGCCCUUCCAGGAUCCCCUCCUCCACGCAGCUGCCAGCGAUGUCCCCGUGAGCCCCGACUGCCCAGAAAAGGCAAUGGAUUGUGUUCCUGGCUUGUUUCAACAGGACAACUAUGCCCUCCAGUACAACUUCAGCACCAGCAACAAGUUGAAUACUGGCCUCUUCCAGGGUAAGAGCGAAGAGGCUUCCCUCGAUCUGGUAUUCGAACUGCUGAACCAGUUACAAUAUCACACGCAUCAGGAGAAUGGGAUUGAGAUUUGUAUGGAUUUCUUGCAGGGCAGUUGUGUGUAUGGCAGCGACUGCUUGAAGCAUCACACGGUCUUGCCCUACCAUUGGCAGGUCAAGAGGACGGCGAGUCAGAUGUGGCAGAGUGUGACCAAUGAUUCUCAGGAGCACUUGGAAAGACUCUUCUGCAAUCCGGACAAUGACCGAGUUAGACUGAAGUACAGUGACCCCGGGAUCUCGGAGUUCCCCGUCUUUCAGUUACAAAAACAAAAAAACUUCAGCCACAUUAAGAGACCUCGGGUUAAUCACCCUCAACAUCAUCCAUGUCCCAGAAAUCCGAUCUUCUCUAUCGUUCAACAGUCUGUCAUUCGACUGAUAGAAGAGACCAGCUUCCGGGGACUGAGGGAGGUCCGCUUCUCGAUGUUGCAUCACCAGUACAUUCUGAACAUCAAGGAUAACUACCAGCAAAGCAUCUUCUCCCGAAGGAUAAUGAAAAAGAGACCCCUCCUGCGAUCCUGUCUGGUGCUGAUGCCUUAUCUCCAGUAAGUAAGCCCAGAAAGUGCUCUUAUUCCUCAUCUGUGCAUUUUCAGCCUCGUGCAGGAACUGCCCCCAUAAUGCUUUGGCUGUCCUUCAUUAGCUAGGGAGCAUCCUUCAGGGGGAAAGAUUACUCUUCUGUCCACUGGAAAGUUGAAGCCAAUAGUUGGCAUUGAUUAGAUACUUUGGAGCCUGCUGGGCGGUUGCUUUAUUUUUAUAAUAGCGUUAAUACAUGGCCUGAUUCGAUCACCACCACCGAGGAAGCAUGCACUUUACACCAACUUUCUCCUUCGGCCCGAUAAAGCAGAUGCUAAUGGUGCCUGUUUUUGUUGUUUGCUGGACCUAAGAUCUCACUGAAGUAAUGUUUGCUUCUAUCAAAGCAAAACAUUAACUAUUCUGUAUCUGAUAUUCUGAGACAGUUGCUUGGGGACCACUGAGAAGUCAUGUGAUGUAUUCAGGGUCACACAACAGAGCUUGUGUGGGUCAGAAGUUGGACUUGAACUCAAACCUUCCCCCCUCCAAAGGUAGCUGUCUAUUCUAUGGGCCACAUUGCUUCUUUCCAUUUUGUAGGUAAGGAAAUUAAGCUUCAGGGAUAAGUGACUUGGCUGGCCUCACUAUAAUAGUAAGGGUUAGAAGGAAGGAAAACUCAAUCCCAGACCAUUAUUGGUUACAAGUCCAAUGCUAUUUCUUUAAAACAAAACAGAAAACUUAGGUGUUGCAUCAUCUUGAUUUCCCUUCCCUCUCUCCUUUUCCUAUCAAUCUAACCCUUUGUAAGAAAGGUUUUAGAAAAGAAAGAUCCAAGAGGCAGCUGGGUAGGUAGCUCAGUGGACUGAGAGCCAGGCCU